CUCCUGAGCCACAUGCAGGUCCAUCCUCCUCAUCACCUCCUGAGCCACAUGCCACAGGUAAAUGUGCUCCUCCUGCAGACUUACAAGCAGAGCAGCCAGCUUUUGGUCCACCAAUAGAUCCAGCUGAUUGGCCAUCAGUUCUACCCGAUUCCUUUAGGACUGAUUUAGUAGGUAGAGGGCCUUUUCAGGUUGAUAAACAAUUCACUUUUCCAAGAGAAGAUGGUAGGAGCUUUCACCAUCAUUAUUUCCACAGAACAUUAGUGAAUGGGGAAAAGAUAAAGCGGACCUGGCUUAUCUACUCACGAAAAAACGAUUCCCUUUACUGCAAGUUAUUUUCAAGGAAGGACUACAAAUUAAUGACAGAGGGACUAUCAAACUGGAACAGCAUAGGCAUGCUUCUGAAAAGUCACGAAAGUAGUCCAGAGCACACAACCCUCAUGGCAACCUGGAAAGAUUUUGAACAGCGUCUACAAACCGGAAAGACCAUAGACCAAGCUGAAAGGACACUUUUAGAGGCUGAGAAGAGGCGCUGGAGAGAUGUCCUAACCCGCCUGAUCUCUAUAAUGCAAUCUUUGGCUGAGAGAAAUCUUGCAUUGAGAGGUUCAGCGAACACAUUACACCAGCAACAUAAUGGAAACUUCUUAAAAGAGGUGGAGCUUCUAGCUAAAUGUGAUCCUGUCAUGAAGCAGCACAUUGAGCGUGUGGAGAGUGGCCAGUUCAGUCAUUCCAGCUAUCUUGGAAAUCUGAUCCAAAAUGAACUGAUUGCUUCAAUCAGUGGGAAAAUGUUGGACACAAUGGUGACUGAGAUUAAACAGUCCAAAUAUUAUUCAAUCAUUUUGGAUUGUACCCCUGACGUAAGCCACCAAGAGCAGAUGUCAGUCAUCAUAAGGACUGUCAUCAUAAAGACUGUCAUAAUGGACGAAGCGCCCACAAUCAAGGAACACUUUCUAGGAUUUCUUGUGGCUUCCGAAACAACAGGUCUUGGUUUGUCAUCUUUGAUUUUGAACAGGCUUAAGGAGCUUAAUAUUCCAUUUGAUGAUUGCAGAGGUCAAUCAUACGAUAAUGGUGCCAACAUGAAGGGGAGGAACAGAGGGGUUCAAGCAAGGCUGCUCCAGAAAAAUCCACGUGCACUUUAUGUUCCAUGUGUGUCACAUUCAUUGAACUUGGUGGUGGCUGAUGCAGCAAAAGCGUCGACAGAUGCCAUCAGCUACUUUGGUAAUGUACAGAAACUGUACACCCUUUUCUCAGCAGCCCCACAAAGAUGGGCAAUCCUAAAGGAACAUCUGACUAUUGCACUUAAGUCUUGGAGUGACACACGGUGGGAGAGCCGUGUCAACAGCAUAGAGGCAGUGCGGUACCAGGCCCCUAACAUAAGGGAGGCAUUGUUGGAGGUCAGGGACAAAGUGACAGAUCCCCUGACCAAGGUUGAAGCUUAGAGUUUGGCAGAAGAGGUUGGGUCAUACCGCUUCCUCAUUUGCACAGUGGUAUGGUAUGACAUUCUUCACCAUGUGAACCAUGUUAGCAAGCUCCUGCAGUCUGCCACAAUGCAGCUUGAUGUGGCAGUUGACCUCCUUACAAAGGCAAACAUGUCUCUGACUAGUUAUAGAGACACUGGCUUUGCUGCAGCUCAGGCCACUGCUAAAGACAUGUGUGAGGAAAUGAAUGUGGAGGCUGUGCUGAAAGAGAAGAGACUGAGAAGCACAAAAAAACACUUUGCCUAUGAAGCCCCAGACGAGCCUAUUGCAGAUGCCAUGAAGAGGCUAGAAACAACAUUCUUCAAUGUAGUUGUUGACACGACUAUUGAAUCCUUAAAGGAUAGAUUUGAAACUCUGGGUGAAGUGAGAGCCAGAUUUGGAGUGCUGCUCAACUUCAAAAAACUGGAUGGUGUGGAAUUGUGCAACCAGUGUGACAAGCUCUGCAGCACAUUAAGCACUGGAGAUGGAGGUGACAUUGAUAGAAAGGAGCUGGCUCUGGAAAUUACCAAUCUGCCAAGCCUGCCUACAUGUGAAAUUACUGCACUGGAGCUCCUCUCUUUCAUCCACAAAAAAACCUGAAUGAACUGUAUCCCAAUCUGUGGAUUGCCCUGCGAAUGGCCUGCACUCUUCCUGUGACUGUGGCCUCAGCAGAGAGGAGCUUCUCAAAGCUGAAGCUCAUCAAAACCUACCUGAGGUCAUGCAUGGGACAGGAUCGCCUCACUGGUCUUGCCAUAAUCAGCAUGAACCAUGAGAUUGGCAAGCAGCUGUCAUAUGAUGACAUUAUUGAUGACUUUGCUUCUAAAAAAGCAAGGAAGCAGAAGUUUUGAGGAGGAGGAAAAAUCCAGAUCAGGAAACUCCUGGCGUAUCUGGCGUACAACACAUGACGGGAUGACCACUCUGAUGCCUCGUCCUAAAAAGCCCCAGCACCAGCUUACAAAGCUGCGAUAGGCAAGAUGCCGAAAACGCCUAUAAGGGGAGGAAUGGAUGAUAUACCGUGUAUAUAUAUGUAUAUUUACACAUGUUCAUUUUGUACAUUUCUAAAAAUAAAGUUUGAUGGAAAUACUUAAUAGCACUGUUAGACAUGGGCGGAGCCUCUCUGGUGGUUGACUAAUCAGAACAGAGUGGCCGAGCUGACCAA